GCCAGCACACACACACUGGUGCGUAGUCCUCCACAGCCAGGGUAUAUUAGGCCUGUUACUGUCGUGACUUUGGCCCAGCCUACAAGGGACAUCGCAAUAAAAGCCUGUGCAAGGACAAAACCUACGGGCUUCUCAAGACACGCUGCUGCAGAGUUUCUCAUUUCUCCACUCUGACUCAUCCCUCAUGAUGGCUGGCUCUGGGCGGUACAGUAACAUCCAGACAGAUAACUGCGCGGACUGGUCCGUGAUGGCUGCCCGGGUGAAUUCCUUCCGCAACUUCCCCUGCCUCCACCAGGUGUCAGCGGAGAGACUGGCGCGGGCGGGGUUCUACUUCACCGGCGACUCUGACCGCGUGCGCUGCUUCAGCUGCCAGCAGACGGUGGAGAACUGGCGCAACGGGGACGUUCCUGUGGAGCGGCACCAGCAGGCCUCGCCCGACUGCAAGUUCCUCAGCUGCACCCACCGGCUCAACCCGGCCCCCCCGAUCAUCGGCUCCGCCUACGACGAGGAGGCGGAGGACAUGGAGUACCGGCUGCGCACGGGGGAGGUGGUGGACGAGUCCACGUACCCCCUGGCCCCCCACAUGUGCAGCGAGGACGCGCGCCUGCGGACCUUCGGCACCUGGCCCCUGUCGGCCCCCGUGCGCCCCCGCGAGCUGGCCCAGGCGGGGCUGUACCACCUGGGGGAGCAGGACCGAGUGCGGUGCUUCUGCUGCGGAGGGAGGCUGGGUGCCUGGGAGCCUGGCGACGAGGCCUGGAAGGAGCACGAGAGGCACUACCCGCACUGCUUCUUCAUCCUGGGCCACGACGUGGGCAACCAGCCCUCCCAGGUGCCCCCCGAGCGCGCGGGCUGCCCCCCGGCCUCCAUGGAGUCCUUCGAGGCCCGCCUCCAGAGUUUCAACGGCAUGCAGCACCCGGUUGACCACGAGAGGCUGGCCAGGGCAGGCUUCUACAGCACAGGUGUGCCGGACCGCGUGCAGUGCUUUAGGUGUGGAGGGGGCCUGAAGGACUGGCAGCCGGAGGAGGACCCGUGGGAGGAGCAUGCCAAACACUACCCAGGGUGCAGUUUUCUGCUGGAGGAGAAAGGACCGGAGUUUGUGAGCAGCGUCCAGCUGCGAGACCCCAGAAGAAGCUCUCCGACUACGUCCCAUCAGAAUGGAUUUUCAAGAGAGGAAAGAGGGCACAACGUCAUGCAGUCCGAGAUCGCCCAGAAGGCAGUCGACAUGGGAAUGGAUCCCACUAAGGUGGAGAGGACCAUCCUGGAAAAGAUCCGCAGGACGGGCGAGGGGUACGCCACAGUGGAGCUGCUGAUCGAGGACAUCUUCAGUAACGCCAUGGAGACCGACGUGGAGGAGUCACAGUGCGACGAUGAUGAAGACCCGAUGGAGAAACUACGGAAGCUACAGAGGGAGAAACAGUGCAAAGUGUGCAUGGACAGAGACAUCUCCAUCGUCUUCAUCCCCUGCGGACAUCUGGUCACCUGCAAGAACUGCUCCGAGUCCCUCAGCAAGUGCCCCAUCUGCUGUGCUGUUAUCACACAGAAAAUCAAGACCUAUAUCUCCUAACCACCAUCCCCCCACUAUUCCUCCAGAGCAAGAUCCAACUUUCACUGUGGCUAGGAUCCUAACAUUCAUAAGAAAUGCUUUUGGAACAACAUUGUGUAUGAACAUCUAGAUUUAGGGACUACUGUAUGUUUAAAUAUAAGGGAAUCUGAAAACAUUGUCAAGAUUGUUUAAUUUGCUUAAUUUUUGUAAAAGAUCAAAAUCAAUGUAACUCAGCAGAGGCAGUAAAAUCCCUGAAAUUUGUAAUUGAGGCACGAGCAGUAGCUCUUUUGUCAGGAUUAGAUAUUCCGUAUCCCUCUUCCCAGGAGUUGAGAAGCAUUGGGUGUAAUCCCAUGAUCCCUCCAUGACUCUUGUGCUCUGUACUUCUUUCCACCAAUUUACAAGAGUGCUGCUAUUGACCCAUCAUGGACAGGAGAGGACAUGACCAAUGGGCUUCAGGAUCUUACCAGGACCAUGUAAAUAACAUGAAUGAGGUAAAAUUAUGAGAGCUGCUUACAGUUUUUUUUA